GUUGGAGUUUGGGAUCUUCAGCAUUUCAUGGGCGUUUGUUGGGCUUUCGGCAUGCUAAUCCUGCUUGACGGCGAAAACCUAACAAAGACAUGUGCCCAUAUCUUGUCAUGCUGGUCUCCUUCCUGUCUUCAGUUUUACAAUUGCUUACUUUACAUUUGCGCUCUUGUUGCAGGUCACCAAGCCCGUAUUUUGAGAAGCGCAAUGUACGAGGAGUUCGUGAAGACUUGCUUAUUUCUUGUCAUUUGGCUUAUUGCUGUCAAGGCCUAUGCUCUUUUGGACAUCGUCGGAAAAUAGAUUAUUAGUCGUCCAGUUUAAGCUUUGUUACGUCCAGCCUUACUUUUUCAUUGUCACACAGGCUCUAUGACAUUCAGGGACAAGCACAUGAAAUAUGCCGCCAGUGUUAGCCAUUUGGGAAAUAUUGGCCAUGGUUUUGUCAGGCAUUUUCGGUGUUUUAGAUUUUCUGAUGGUUGGCUUUGGCGUGCCACUCCUACAUCCACAAUGAUCGUGGUACCCAGAGUGGCGAAGAAUUCCCGGCUUGCUGGUGCCUUUUAUCUGUUUAAUUGCCACUAGAAACUGUCUACCCCCCCCCAUUUCACAGGUGCCAGUUCCCAUAUAUAUCAUUGAUCUUGGUGCUUUACUCUUUCGUGAAUCUACAUAUUUAGACCGG